CUUCUUUCACACACAGGUGCCUGAAGAGCUGGGGAGUCGCUGCCAGUCCAAGACACCUUGAGCUGGUAAUUCCUACAGAAACUUGUACCAACUUGUUCUUGACUGACAGCGAGCGUUUCUUCACUUUGAGAAACCCUCAGCACUACCUCUUUCACCUGCCUCUACAUGGGCUGAUCAUUUCCUGGCCUGGUCGUGGUUUCCCAUCUACCCAGGAGCCGGCACUGGGCACUCCACAGACGAGACCGCAUUCCCCAGGGUGCUUCCGGAGGCCAGAUCUGCGCUGGACGCUUCUGCCCGGGGGUGUCGUGAGUGACUCCCAAGCACACUCCUUGUGGCACGGAAAAGAAUGCUUAGCCCCACAGUGGCAGAGCCGGAAGGGCGUGGAGAAUAAAGAGCAAAGCAGCUGAAGAACAGCCCAGGGGCUGCAUGAGCCCAGCGCCUCUGCUCCACUGUGGUGAGCCACUCACGGUUCAUUGUGAGGAACAGUCACAUGACCUCCCAACACAGGAAGCAGAAACGCUCCCGGCCCAAAGGGUCAGGCCUAGGUCAUCAAAAAAAUCAGUGUGUCAGAAAUAGCUGGUGCCUAAGAAGCUUUUCCAGCAACUUUUCAUAUCAACAAGAGGCUGCAUCUUGUCAGACUGCCAUAGCAGAGCCCCAUGGUAGCCAGGUGGGUGAAGGGAGGCGAGGACGUGCCACUUGCCCUUCGGAAGAUUCCUGACCUGCAGAGUGGUCUGAGGAGCCUGACCAUGGAUGCCGUUCACGUUGGCAUGUCCAGGGCAUCGCUGGUGAAGCACAGCAAUGGGGUUGGCCUCAAGGCCCACCGCCCUCGGGUCAUGUCUAAGAGCGGACACAGCAAUGUGAGGAUUGACAAAGUGGACGGCAUCUACCUGCUCUACCUGCAGGACCUGUGGACCACGGUCAUAGACAUGAAGUGGCGCUACAAGCUCACCCUGUUUGCCGCCACCUUUGUGAUGACAUGGUUUCUCUUCGGUGUGGUCUAUUACGCCAUAGCCUUUAUCCACGGCGACCUGGAGCCUGCAGAGCCUAGUUCUAACCACACGCCCUGCAUCAUGAGAGUGGACUCUCUGACCGGGGCCUUCCUCUUCUCCUUGGAAUCCCAGACCACCAUUGGCUACGGGGUCCGUUCCAUCACGGAGGAGUGUCCUCAUGCCAUCUUCCUCUUGGUUGCCCAGCUGGUCAUCACCACGUUGAUUGAGAUUUUCAUCACCGGGACCUUCCUGGCCAAAAUUGCGAGACCCAAAAAGCGAGCCGAGACCAUCAAGUUCAGCCACUGUGCGGUCAUCAGCAAGCAGAACGGGAAGCUGUGCCUGGUCAUCCAGGUGGCCAACAUGAGGAAGAGCCUCUUGAUCCAGUGCCAGCUCUCGGGGAAACUUCUCCAGACGCACGUCACCAAAGAGGGGGAGCGCAUCCUCCUCAACCAGGCCACGGUCAGGUUCCACGUGGACUCGUCGUCCGAGAGCCCCUUCCUCAUCCUGCCCAUGACCUUCUACCACGUGCUGGAUGAGACAAGCCCGCUGCGGGACCUCACGCCUCAGAACCUGAAGGAGAAGGAGUUUGAGCUGGUGGUGCUUCUCAACGCCACCGUGGAGUCCACCAGUGCCGUGUGCCAGAGCCGCACGUCCUACGUCCCCGAAGAGAUUUACUGGGGCUUUGAGUUUGUGCCCGUGGUCUCUCUCUCCAAGAACGGGAAGUACGUGGCCGACUUCAGCCAGUUCGAGCAGAUCCGCAAGAGCCCGGACUGCACCUUCUACUGUGCCGAUUCGGAGAAGCAGAAGCUGGAAGAGCAGUACCGGCAGGAGGACCAGAGGGAGCGGGAGCUGAGGAGCCUCCUGCUGCAGCAGAGCAACGUGUGAGCCCGGGCCCCUGGGCGCCCCUGGCUCUGCUAAACAGGGGCUCCUCUCGGAGGCCGGGCCAGGUGGGACCUGCCACACGGCCACACAGAUGGUCACGGUUCAGCUUUCCCUCUGUCUGGAGGCUGAGCAAGCAUUUCUGAACAUAAGAGUGCCUGGUCAGAGGUGAACACUCAAAAUCAGAUUCUGCCCCCGACCCCCUGAAAUGGAACCCUGUCCUGAAGAAGUGAGCACAGGAAGGUGGAGAGGCUUCCUGCUGAGGGGCAGACAUACAGCAAUGCUGAUGUAGAUUAAAUGAAUGUCCAGGCAAGAGCAUCAUCGUGUAAGACAAAGUAUUUAUUAGCCACCCUUCAAAGGCGCCAGUGGCCAGGUCUGAGGUGUGACUCACUUUGCUGUGGCUUAAGAGCCUGCUCUUUCUCUUGUUCCAGUACUUAAGUUGUUAUUUGUAAUGGCGGUCAUCUGGUAAUGGCUCAAAAGUGUUGGCAAAGAAAGUGAGGAUGUUAAGCUUGCAAAAUACAGUCAUUUUCUGUUCACAAUUUUCAAUGGAUUUAAUUGUGUAGGGUGAAAGCAAUCAAGUCAGGAAUCAAGAGUUCUGAAAGUGUGUUGAUACCUUGAUUCCAUUGUCCCAUUAUUUUUGGGGGAAGAGUGUACUAGUCUCUUUUUCCUUCAAAAUGUCCUUCACAGACAAGCCAACCAGCACCAUUUAGGGACAUACUGGCAACCUGCACAGUCUGGUUUCAGCCAGGCUCACAGAACCGUCAGUACCAUAGGCUCUGCUCUGAGUAAUGUUUUAGUGUGAUUUUUCUGUGGAUCUAUCUAGAUCCACACAGGAAAAUGUCUGUGUGAGUGCCGCAGCAGGCGACCUGCCCUUGGUCAGUGCUGUCAGUGUAUCUCAGCCAUUCCAGUGUUUCCCUGUGAACACUCCCUGGCCACAGAAAAAACACAUGUCUUAAGAAUGAAACAGCUCAAUCCUCAUGUGGUGGUGCACACCUUUAAUCCCAGCACUCAUCGAGGCAGAGGCAGUCGGAUCUCUGGGAGUUCGAGGCCAGCCUGGUCUACAGAGUGAGUCCAGGACAGCCAGGGCUACACAGAAAAACCCUGUCUCUAAAAAAACUGAACAAACCCCCAAACCCCUGAAAGCCAAGACUGUCACGGUUGUGCUAAGCACAUGAUUUGAAGACUAUAUUCCGCACAGAAGACAACUGAAACUGUGCCAUAAUAUACAAAGUGAGAACAGAUGCUGAGGUUUGCAGGGCCCGAGAGAACACUGAGGAAAGAGCUAAGUGGGGGGGGUGUUGUGAACAGGAGGACCCUCGGGCAAGAGUCACGGGCAUAUCCUUAGUGUGCGAACCCGAACAACCCAGUACAACCUGCAUUUCCUUGCAGAAAGAGAAUGUGUGGGCCAGGAUCGGCCGGAUAUGUAAAAGAUUCGUGUUCACUUCACUCAAAUCAGGACAAACUGUGCACUCACCAAGUGCCAAGUGACCACGAAUGUGCAGGCAGUACACACACAUACGCACACGCACGCACACACGCACACACACACCUCAGACAAUAUGCCAGUGUGUGCUUGCACUCUGCAAACACAGUACCAGGCGGCUGGGGUCUGUCACACUCACAAAGUGCACCCCAGUUAUCCGCGUGUUCACUUUGACUCUGUAAGAAAUUGACACUGGCCGCAGAGAAACUGAGUCAUCAGCGGGAUCCAACCACUGGUGUGAACUGUGACCCACCCAGACACAACCUCACGGCCACACCUGCAAGCGCCUUUCCUUUAAACAACAGCAACAAAAUGUGUAAACACAGUCUAUCAAGGAAGAUUUGGGGCUGGAGAAAUGGCCCAGUGUGUAAGAGCAGGAGGACACCUGCUCAGAUCCCCAACGCCCAUCUACCAAGCUGGGAGGAUGUCGUGAGCCGUGGGCGCUGAGACAGGAAUCCCACUGGGACCUGCUGGGUGCCUGAAGGGCCCCAGGUGCAGGAAGAGGCCUUGUCGUGAAGGAUUAGGUCAGAAAGGGGGACAGUGACUCCUCUGGCCUCCAGGCACAUCCCCCGCCCCUCCUCCACAAGUCCCUUAAUACAUGCACACACACACACACACACACACACACACACACAC